AUGUGUGCUAUACGAUUAGCAGAUUUAUCUUCUUACGGAUUUCAUAAGAGUGAUGAAGGUGGAAAUGGAGAUCAAGUUAAAAGUGGAAUUGCAUUAAGUUCCUUUAACUUCAUCAAUUCUAUCAUUGGAGCAGGAGCUUUAGGAAUGCCUUAUGCAAUGAAACAAGCUGGGCUAUUUCUAGGAAUUUUAUUGUUAACUAUGAUGGCUGUUAUAACAGAUUUUACUGUUAUACUAUUAGUUGAAAGUGGUUCCAUGGCUGGUCAAAGUUCCUAUGUGGGUUUAAUGAAAUCAACGUUUGGAAAUAUCGGUUAUGGAUUAGUCCUUUCAUGUCAAUUCAUAUUUCCAUUCUUAGCAAUGAAUGGGUAUGCUGUUAUUGUUGGUGAUUCACUGGUUAAAUUUUUCCAGCUUGUUGGCGCCGAAUCAACUAUUUUAACCAAUCGACAAUUUGUUAUUGGCAUUUCCAUUUUAUUGAUAAUGACGCCAUUAUGCUUGCUGAAGAAAAUUUCAAAGCUGGGCAUGGCCUCGUUUUUUUCACUAAUUUGUGUCGGUGCGGUUAUUGUCACUGUUUUUAUAAGAUUAGCCACUCUUGGUCCUGAUAUACCACACACCGAAGGAGCUUUCAAUUUCGCUCACGAAAACGUACCUCAGGCGAUUGGUGUAAUGGCUUUUGGUAAGGGUUUUGCAUAUUAA